GCGAUCUGCCGGCUACUUUCUCCACAAGGGCCUUCAUCGGUGUGCCGCCUGUCGCAGCGCGGGACUGAGUGUGGUGCGCGUGUGGGGGUGGUUGUAUGUGACAUUGCUGAAAGUGCGCUGACAUGAAGCAAAAAGGAACGAAAAGUUCGGAUGAUGACCCUGUCAGCUUUUCUAAGUGGAUACACAGGUUCAGGCAAAGCAAGGAUGAUCAGACGUGGUGGACUACAUUUGGACUUGUCCUGUGCCUUACUUUAGCAACAAGACUGUACAAGGUUGACUCACCUGACCAUGUUGCGUGGGAUGAGACCCAUUUUGGGAAGAUGGCCAGCUGGUACAUAAACAGGACAUUCUUCUUUGAUGUACAUCCACCCACUGGGAAGAUGCUGAUUGCUGGAUUUGGUUACCUUACUGGUUAUGAUGGCACUUUUGAAUUUGAAAAACCUGGCCAGAAAUUUAAUGAGACCCAUUACUUGGGAAUGAGAGUGGGCUGCACACUGAUGGGUGCCUCUCUGGUGCCGAUGGCGUUCGUCACGGUCUGGGAGCUGACGCACGCACUGCCAGCCGCCACAUUCGCCGCCGCCGCCAUUCUGUUCGACAACGGCAUGGUCACUUUGAACCAGUACAUUCUGUUGGACCCCAUCCUCAUGUUUUUCAUCAUGGGAUCAGCAAUGGGCCAGAGCAAGUUCUACAACCAGCGGCACAAUCCGUUUGCCGCGUCCUGGUGGGGCUGGAUGGUCUUCACGGGCGCCAUGCUGGCCGGCGCCAUCUCCGUCAAGUUCGUCGGCCUGUUCGUCGUGGUGCUGGUCGGCCUGUACACCAUCAAGGAUCUGUGGGACAUCCUGGGCGACCUGUCGCGGCCCAUCGGCUACACAGUGCGUCACUUCGUGGCGCGCGUGCUCUGCCUGAUCGUCGUGCCCACGCUGCUCUACAUGCUGGCCUAUCACAUUCACUUCACGGUGCUGACCCGUUCCGGGCCCGGCGACGGCCACUACGGCUCGGCCUUCCAGUCUCAGCUGGUGGGCAACCCGCUGCACAACGCCAGCAUGCCCAGGGAGAUAUGCUACGGCGCGGCGGUGACGAUCAAGAACCACCGUACGGCCGGCGCGUACCUGCACUCGCACCCGCACCUCUACCCACAGGAGGUGGGCCCUGUCCAGCAGCAGAUCACCACCUACUCACACAAGGACUACAACAACGUCUGGCUGGUGAAGAAGUACAACGAGGACAUCCCGGACGAUGAGGAUGAGCCGAGCGCGCCGGUGGAGAAGGUGCUGUCGGGCGACCUGAUCCGUCUGGAGCACGAGUCCACCGGCCGCAACCUACACGCUCACCGGCACCCGGCUCCCGUCACCCGGCGGCACUUCCAGGUGUCGGGCUACGGCGAGAACGGCACGGGCGACAGCAACGACGUCUGGCGGAUCGAGCUGGUGGACGGCAAGGAGGGCGACGAGAUCAACGUGGUGACGGACCGCUUCCGGCUGAUCCACUACAUGGUCGGCUGCGCACUGUACUCGCACAACAAGCAGCUGCCCAAGUGGGGCUUCGAGCAGAUGGAGGUCACGUGCAACCCCAACACGCGCGCCGACUUCGCCCUCUGGAACUUCGAAGAGAACUAUUUCGAUAAGCUGCCGAACGUCAGCUUCUCCAUCUACCAGCCCAGCUUCCUGGAGAAGUUCGUCGAAGCGCACAUGGUGCAGCUGCAGGGCAACGCCGGCCUGAAGCCCAAGGAGGGCGAGGUGACCUCCCGACCCUGGGAGUGGCCCAUCGACUACCAGGGCCAGUGGUUCAGCAUCGGCGACCCCGACAACCGCGAGCCGGGGCCGCACAAGGAGAACGAGAUCCGCAUCUACAUGAUGGGCAACCCCGUCAUCUGGUGGGCCAACCUGGGCUUCAUCGCGCUCUACGCCGUCAUCUACGUGUGGAACUUUGUCUGCUCGUCGCGCGGCGUGCGCGAGUCGGCCCAGGAAAGAGUGCGCAAAGCGAACCUCACGUACACCUGUAACUGGCUGAUGCUGGCCUGGGCUCUGCACUACUUCCCGUUCUACGGGAUGGGCCGCAUCCUGUACUACCAUCACUACUUCCCGGCGCAGCUCUUCAUCUCCAUGAUGUCGGGCGUGCUGGUCAACUAUCUGCUGGAAAGCCUGCCUCGAGCGGUGCCGUCCUCGCGCGUGGACCAGGCCUGGAUGGCGCUCUCUGUUGUCUACAUGGCCAUCCUGGCCUACAGCUUCUACCUGUUCCUGCCGCUGACGUACGGCAUGUGCGGGCCGGAGAAGCGGGAGCCGGGCCACCGCUACGGCCACCUGCUCUGGAUGGACUCGUGGGAGUUCUGAUCCCCUCGCCGCCCGACGCCCGACGCGCAGGCCCGCCCGUCGACGCUCAGCUCUGAUUGGUCGGAGUGGCUGCUGCGCAUGUGACGUCAUCGGUGGCACGCAGCGGGCGUGACGCCUGGUGGUCGAUCAGUACCGAGACAACUAUUUUUGUACGCGCUAGCGAUUUUCGGAUUGUUAAACAGAGCUAUUUUGGAUAGGGAUUAGGCUGUUUAAACGGAUGCAACGAAUUGCCGUGGUUCUGACCGGCAGGAAUAGCGGUCUUCCACGUGUAUUGUGUCUUCCCUCCCCGUGCGGCUGGUCGUGAUGAGAGUGGAAUUUUAAGUUUGAGAUUAAUGCCGUGUUGGCAUCUGUUGUUUCAUACAGGUAAGAUCUGAUUUACGAUACCGUCCAGAAUCCCACUCUUCUGUUUUGAUGCUGCUUGUUGGGUUAUAUUGUUACGUAUAUAUUUUCUACAUGCGUCUGCGCUGUGCUGUGGCAUUUGGACCCCAGAUGGCCUUCGAAAUAUAGGUGAUGGUUAAG